AUGAUGCAACGGGACGAUCUGUCUGCCAUGGAGGAGUUCAGCUACACCCAGAUGCCCACGCUGGAGAGAGGGGUUGGCGGGGGUACGGUGGGCCGGCGGGGGUGUGCGGAGAGGGACCGGCCGGAGAGCUACACGGUGGACGUGAGGGCCAGUGACCUGCAGCUUGCCCACUCUGAGAAGCCCAUGCACCCCUGCCUCAGCUACAGGACCUGGCUCUACAGCGUCCUCAUUGGGGUGAGAGGUCGGGAGGUCAAGAGUUAAAGGGUUGGACAACUCUGGUAUUCUAAAAACACAGUGCUGCUGUUUUGGUUUGUCCUAGGCACUUACUGUAAUUGAUUACUCAAUGCCAUUGAUUGGUUAGAGAGAGCCCACACACCUGGUUAUUCCAUUCACAUUCUGAUUUGAAGGCAGAAAAACAAGAGCAUAAAAUCAUCCCUCAAAGGGGGGAAUGUACAACAUACUCCCAGGGGUGAGAGAAAAGAGAACAGGGGACAACCUUUUGGUAAGUGAACUCUCCUCUAGGCAGUUUACGUGCUAACCACUGUGUGGUGUGUGUGUGUGUGUGUGUGUGUGUGUGUGUGUGUGUGUGUGUGUGUGUGUGUAUGUGCGUGUGUGCGUGCGUGCGUGUGUGUGUGUGUGGUUCACAGAGCAGUCUGUUGGUCACAGCAGGCUUCUCACUCUACCUGGGCAAUGUGUUUCCUGCUGCUAUGGACUACCUGCGCUGUGCUGCAGGCUCGGUGAGUGGCUAUCAGCUGACCAGAGUCUGAAAACAGGCUGAUCCUCAUGAUCGUUAUUAUGAUUAUGAUCAUCAUCGUUACUUGUACAGUAGCUUCAAAAUAUAACCAUUGACAGACCCUUACAAGAGCAGAGACACAUGAUUCUAAUCAUGUUCAUUAUAACAAAGACAAAUCUCCCCAAUUACAAAAACAUUUAGGACCUGGUGCCUGUGAGACAGCACAGCACCGCAGGCAAGCCAAUAUUGAGUGUACACUACUGGUCAAAAGUUUUAGAACACCUACUCAUUCAAAGGUUUUUCUAUUGUCGUGUAUGAAGAUUAUGACAAGUCUUGAGGGACAAAGAAGAACUGUUUAUCUUAGUUUGAAUGUAGCAGUGGGAGGGUGACGCUCCAGGGGAGACCGGUGAUUGGACGAAAAAGGGAGCAACCCAUUUAUUGCCAUUGUUUAUAAGUAUGGGUUAGACAAAGGAAAAGUCAGAAGCAUUCAGAUUAAUUUGGGACGGGACUUCUCCAGACAUCGCGGGUCUGUAACUUAUGCUGUAACCUCGUGAUAUUAAUAAAAGCCUCUAAAACACGGUGCAGCCUAAGCGGAUUCUUUGAUUGACAGCAAUACCCACCAGCAUUCGACGCGAUACCACACUAUAUUUUCACUAUUUUCUACAUUGUAGAAUAAUAGUGAAGACAUCAAAACUAUGAAAUAACACAUAUGGAAUCAUGCAGUAACCAAAAAAGUGUUAAACUAAACAAAAUAUAUUUUAUAUUUGAGAUUCUUCAAAUAGCCACCCUUUGCCUUGAUGACAGCUUUGCACACUCUUGGCAUUCUCUCAACCGGCUUCACCUGGAAUGCUUUUCCAACAGUCUUGAAGGAGUUCCCACAUAUACUGAGCACUUGUUGGCUGCUUUUCCUUCACUCUGCGGUCCGACUCAUCCCAAACCAUCUCAAUUUGUUUGAUGUCGGGGGAUUGUGGAGGCCAGGUCAUCUGAUGCAGCACUCCAUCACUCUCCUUCUUGGUAAAAUAGCCCUUACACAGCCUGGAGGUGUGUUGGGUCAUUGUCCUGUUGAAAAACAAAUGAUAGUCCCACUAAGCCCAAACCACAUGGGAUGGCGUAUCGCUGCAGAACGCUGUGGUAGCCAUAAUGGUUAAGUGUGCCUUGAAUUCUAAAUAAAUCACAGACAGUGUCACCAGCAAAGCACCCCCACACCAUAACACCUCCUCCUCCAUACUUUACGGUGGGAAAUACACAUGCGGAGAUCAUCUGUUCACCCACACCGCGUCUCACAAAGACACAGCGGUUGGAACCAAAAAUCUCAAAUUUGGACUCCAGACCAAAGGACAGAUUUCCAUCGGUCUAAUGUCCAUUGCUCGUGUUUCUUGGCCCAAGCAAGUCUCUUCUUCUUAUUGGUGUCCUUUAGUAGUGGUUUCUUUGCAGCAAUUCGACCACGAAGGCCUGAUUCACACAGUCUCCUCUGAACAGUUGAUGUUGAACUCUGUGAAGUAUUUAUUUGGGCUGCAAUUUCUGAGGCUGGUAACUCUAAUGAACUUAUCCUCUGUGGCAGAGGUAACUCUGGGUCUUCCAUUCCUAUGGCGGUCCUCAUGAGAGCCAGUUUCAUCAUAGCGCUUGAUAGUUUUUGCAACUGCACUUGAAGAAACUUUCAAAGUUCUUGACAUUUUCUGUAUUGACUGACCUUCAUGUCUUAAAGUAAUGAUGGACUGUUGUUUCUCUUUGCUUAUUUGAGCUGUUCUUGCCACAAUAUGGCCUUGGUCUUUUACCAAAUAGGGCUAUCUUCUGUAUACACACAUGUUAAUUGAAAUGCAUUCCAGGUGACUACCUCAUGAAGCUGGUUGAGAGAAUGCCAAGAGUGUGCAAAGCUGUCAUCAAGGCAAAGGGUGGCUAUUUGAAGAAUCUCAAAUUUAAAAUAUAUUUUGAUUUGUUUUACACUUUUUUGGUUACUACAUGAUUCCAUAUUAGUUAUUUCAUAGUUUUGAUGUCUUCACUAUUAUUCUACAAUGUAGAAAAUAGUCAAAAUAAAGAAAAACCCUUGAAUGAGUAGGUGUUCUAAAACUUUUGACUGGUAGUGUAUGUACUAUAUUUGUGUAAUCUUGCGUGCCAGACUUGAAAGCUACAGAGUAGUAUAUGCAAUAUUAUGAGAAACUUUCAUCUGGCUCUGUGAGAUUAAUAUUUGUGUGUGUCUUUGUUUCAGAGUAUCCCGGCAGCAGUUGUCAGCUUUGCCAUUGCCAAAAACCAUCAUGUUGCAGUGAGUACACAACAAAUAGGCUUACACUACUCAAUGAGCAAAUGUGUAUUUGUUGCAUGAAUGUUGUCCAGGGGCCACUGAGUUAGUGCUUAAUACUGUCAACAUGUCCCCUUAAUACUGUCAACAUGUCCGUGAUACAGGUGCUAAUAAUAUAUUGUACAUCUGGAUUGACAGGUGUCAGAUUUCCAGGUGGUAUUUGUGUCCACCUUUGCUGUGACGACCACCUGCCUGGUGUGGUUUGGCUGUAAGCUGGUGUUGAGUCCCUCUGCUGUCAAUGUGAGUCUACAGCCGAUCUGAUUUUCUCAUCUGUGUGUACCCUAGAUAUAGUUGCCGUAAGGCAAAGCUUUAAGGGGCUUCAAUAGUUUGUUUGCAUAAUACGCUAACACCUGACUUGUAUUAUAAUCACACACACACACCCACGUGUGUGUUGUAGGAUACAGAUGUUGAAUGAAUCUCUCUCCCUGUCUCUGACAGUCUCUCUUCCCUCCUCUGUUUCCCUCCCAUGGCCUGCCGUUGUUCAGAUCAACUUUAACCUCAUCCUGCUGAUUCUGCUGGAGGUGCUGAUGGCCAGUACAGUCAUCCUGUCUGCACGCUCUGCAGAGGACUGCUGUAGCCACAGGAAGGUGUGUGUGUGUGUGUUAUUGUUAUAGCUGGGAAACAGUAUAUAGUAUGUGCAUGUGUUGGCUGUACUGUUUUUUGUACUGUGCUGUGUAGGAUUGUUUGUCUGCAUGUCUCUCUCCCACUCCCUCCGCACUGUAUGUUCUCUCUCUUCCUGAUUCUCCCUCUCACCCACUUUGUUCCCCCUCCUUCUCUCUCCUUUUCUCUCCCUCAGCCAGUGAUGUAUGACGGUCCUGUGGUUCUGAGCCCAGCCAUCUUUCCCACUCGACUUCUAAAGGCCUACUCUGUGAGUACAUAGACACUGAGUUCAUGAACGAGACACAUCAUUACACAUUCUGCUAUGUACUCCUAACAGUGGAUAUUUAUUUUUAUUUUUUUAUUUCACCUUUAUUUAACCAGGUAAGCCAGUUGAGAACAAGUUCUCAUUUACAACUGCGACCUGGCCAAGAUAAAGCAAAGCAGUGCGAUAAAAACAACAACACAGAGUUACAUAUGGGGUAAACAAAACAUAAAGUCAAAAAUACAACAGAAAAUAUAUAUACAGUGUGUGCGAAUGUAGUAAGUUAUGGAGGUAAGGCAAUAAAUAGGCCAUAGUGCAAAAUACUUAAAAUUUCGUAUUAACACUGGAAUGAUAGAUGUGCAAAAGAUGAUGUGCAAAUAGAGAUACUGGGGUGCAAAUUAGCAAAAUAAAUAACAAUAUGGGGAUGAGGUAGUUGGGUGGGCUAAUUUCAGAAUGGCUGUGUACAGGUGCAGUGAUCGGUAAGCUGCUCUGACAACUGAUGCUUUAAGUUAGUGAGGGAGAUAAGAGUCUCCAGCUUCAGAGAUUUUUGCAGUUCGUUCCAGUCAUUGGCAGCAGAGAACUGGAAGGAAUGGCGGCCAAAGGAGGUGUUGGCUUUGGGGAUGACCAGUGAGAUAUACCUGCUGGAGCGCAGACUACGGGUGGGUGUUGCUAUGGUGACCAGUGAGCUAAGAUAAGACGGGGAUUUGCCCAGCAGUGAUUUAUAGAUGACCUGGAGCCAGUGGGUUUGGCGACGAAUAUGUAGUGAGGGCCAGCCAACAAGAGCGUACAGGUCACAAUGGUGGGUAGUAUAUGGGGCUUAUAAUGUUUGUACAUUGAAACAUCACACAUACACCGGCUACAUUGUUGUUCAUCACUUACACCAGUGUUGAUAUGGCAUCCCAAUAGUCACUGCUGUUUUCUGACAGGUGAUUGAGGUGAUAGUAGGAAUCACUUACACUAGUGUUGAUAUGGCAUCCCAAUAGUCACUGCUGUUUUCUGACAGGUGAUUGAGGUGAUAGUAGGAAUCUCGUCCGUGUUUGGUGGUAUCAUCGCUCUCAACAUGGACCUCUUGCUCCCUGGCCCAUACCUGUCUGUCACCUUUUUCUGGAUCUUAGUGGCUGUGAGUUAAGCUGCAUGUGUUACAAUUGGUCUAUAUAACAGUGGUUCCAAAAUGUUUUGUACCCCACCAAAGAGACAAAUUGUUUCCAGACACAUCCCAGUCUUUAUGCAUGACCCAAUAGUCUGCCUGACUCAGCAAUGGGUGAAAGACUGAAUCACCUGUGCCUCUAUUUUGGUCCCUGUCUCUGCAGUGUUUCCCCAGUGCCAUUGCCAGCCAUGUCGUGGCAGAAUACCCCAACAAGUGUCUGGUAAGUUUCUAAAGGUUAUGUAUUCUGGACAGGCGUCAUGCUCAACCAUUGCCCCACUGAAGACUAUCUAUCCCCCCCCGCCUCUCAGGUGGAGAUGCUGAUUGCCAUCAGCAGUGUGACGUCCCCGCUUCUCUUCUCAGCCUCAGGCUUUCUCUCCUGCAGUGUGCUCAGUUUCAUUGACAUCUUCCUGCAUGAGGUGCCUACAGCCAAGGUGAGCUGCCUAGUGCUCGUGAUACUGUAGGUAGAGUCUGUGUAAAUAGGAUGAGUUCAGUAGGACUGCCUCAGGUCAGCCUCCAACUCAAAGUCAUUGUCACUUGUGAGUCCAACAUUUUUGAGAAAAGAUAUAACUAAUGACCAUCUAGAAAUUCAAUGAAAUGUAAAAUCAUACAGAGCUUUUCAUGUGGUGGUUGUAACUCAGAUAGUGAGUGAAUCCAAAGUUUUGAGAAAGAGACAUUCAACAUGCUCAAGAAUGGCUCUGUGGUUGUAACUCAGAUGGUGUUCCAAUACAAUAUGUAUGUGUGUAUCCCUAGCAAUCGUAUGAGAUCCUGCUGCUAAUUCUGAUGGUGCUGCUGCUGGUGCAGGCAGUUCUGACUCUGGCCACAGUGGUGCACUGUGCCUCCUACAAGAGCCAACUCCGCAUGGGGGCUCCAGAGUGGGAUGACAGCCUGCAGCUCCCAGCCCUCCACUCAGAGGUACACACACAUACAGUAGAUGCUGUUCACACAGACAUACAGAUUCACAUAGACAUGCAGAUUCACACAGACAUGCAGAUUCACACAGACAUGCAGAUUCACACAGACAUGCAGAUUCAAACAGACAUGCAGAUUCACACAGACAUGCAGAUUCACACAGACAUGCAGAUUCACACAGACAUGCAGAUUCACACAGACAUGCAGAUUCACACAGACAUGCAGAUUCACACAGACAUGCAGAUUCACACAGACAUGCAGAUUCACAUAGAUGUAAGGGUCGGUGUGAGGUAUGUCCCAGGUGCGGUGCAGGAUAGACAGUAGGCAACGAUGGUGAAACAAGGAUCUUUCCUGGUGGUCCAAAAGCCAGGAUACAAAACAACGGACUAUACACGAAACAAAUGAGGAGCAUAUAGGUCUCCAAAAAACAGGCUGACAGCAAACAAUACGAAAUACUAGCUCUGACUGGAAAAACACAAUGACACAGCUAGAACACUUCUCGAGUACCUGUAACUCCGUCACGUGAUCCGACACUGAUACGUACUGCUUGACAUCAAGGAACUAGCAGAGAAAACUGAGCAAGGGAACACAGGGAAGUGAGGGCAUAAAUACACAAGUGAAUCAGAUAGCCACAGGUGACACAAAUAGGCAGAUAAUUAGUCCCGACUGUGAGUGAGGAGGUGGCUAUGGUUGUCGGAGGAUGACACCUAGUGGGUCGCUCCGGAACUGCGACCCACUCCUGUAACACAUAGACAUGAAGAUUCACAUAGACAUGAAGAUUCACACAGACAUGAAGAUUCCCAUAGACAUGAAGAUUCCCAUUGACAUGAAGAUUCCCAUAGACAUGAAGAUUCCCAUAGACAUGAAGAUUCCCAUAGACAUGAAGAUUCCCAUUGACAUGAAGAUUCCCACAGAUAUGAACUAGGACCAACACUCUCCUAUUGCGCUGCACACACUGCAUACAGUCUCUCUCUCCCCUCUCUCUCUCUUUCUCUCUCGCUCUCUUUCUCCCUCUUGCUGCCUCUCUCUCAAACACGCAUGCACGCACGCACGCACACACACACAUCUUUAGCAGAUGAGAUGUUGUGCUCUUUGACUCACUGAUGAAGGUUCACUGAUGAAGAGUCACUGAUGAAGAGUCACUGAUACUUUGACAUACUGAGGUGAGAGAUGCACCAGCUCUCUGGGAAUGCCACUGACGUCUGAGGAGGUGUGAGGCUUAUAUCUAAGCUGGUCAUUCAUGGAGAAACAGUAUGUUGUGCAUUGACGGCGUGUAGACUGCAGUGACAAAGUACUGUAUAACUGUCUCUGCUCUGUCUCUCAAUUUUAUUUUCCAACUUCUCUUCUCUCCUCUCCUUUCCUAUCCAUCCCCUCUUCCCUCUCCCCUCUUCCCUCCCUCCAUCUUGUUCACUCAGCAACAAGCAUCCAACGGAACACUGCGGGACUUUGACAAAGACAAGGCCUGGAAGGCGGUCGUGGUCCAAAUGGCACAGUGA